ACUUUUUACCUUGUGACGUCAAUCCAGAUCAAAUGUCGUCAAUGGAUCAUCUUAAUUUCCCAGAAAGAGGCGUGGCCGCUCAUCUCGUCAUCAUAGAGGGAAGAUCACGGAGUAUCUAAAGGGAGGAGGAGGACCCACACACAUGCACACACACACACGAGAGCGAGAGAACCCAGAGGAGAUCGCACCCAUCAGACGGAGAACUUUGGAAAAGCAAAGCGAAGGGACGGAAAGGACUUUUAGCUGGGCGACAUGAACGUUCCAUACAUGACACAACUUGCACUUUUUUGUUUGUUUUGCUGCGGAUGCUGGCAAUCCACAGACGCUAGUCGUUUCCAGAGAUUGGAAGAUGGACUUCUGUUCAGAACGGUUCGAGAAGACGAACCCGCUCAACUAUCGUGGCGAGACGACAGCGAGCAGCAGCAAGCGCAGAAUCUUUUCAAAAGGUUCCUGUUUCAUUAUUCAAAAGCAAGGACCUCUGCUGACUCGGAGGAGAACAUGUCCGACUCUGUUCACCCUCUGAUGCGACUUUCACCCAAAUUGUCUCAGCGGAGGAAGAAGACGGUGGUGCUUCUGAAUAUUUGAGAGGGGUCGCUGCGACAUUAUGCUCGACAAACAAAGCUAAAAAGAACGGGAGCGGUCAUCUGCGGAUGUCAGAGUGCGGACGCGGUGUUCCGGGUGAAAUGACAGCACGCUUGAUGCUUGUGAACGUGACUCAGAUGUGUUGCACAUUAAAUACUCGUACUAUGA